UGACACCUACCUGGAUCACUUUCGUUGUUAUUAUUACCAAAAUAUUUUUACCGGUGUAUAAUAAUAAUAUGCUAUAGCAUAUGGUACUGUCUAUAAACGUACCAUCAAGGGGAAAUGAAAAAUGACUAUAAGUUAAUUUCCUCUCGAUAAACAAACAUUUCUACCGAGAGCCACGCACUGGGAAGUGGAACAUAUGUAUAGCUGUCUAGAACUCGCCUUCAAGUGAUGCUUAUCUUCAAAGUUUUGCUCUCUCAAAGAAGGAAGCUAGUCAUGCUGUUAAAAGCAUAAUGACAACUUGUUUGCAACCGCUUUUAUCUCUGUCUGUGGAGCACCGUGUCAAGGAUUCAGUGACAGUUUAGUCUCCAGCAAAACACAAGACAAGGAUGCGGGGAGCGCCACGAGCCAGGUUCUAACCCAAGAAACAGCUUCUGGUGAGCAGCAGACUGGCAGACAGCACGAAAGGAGGGGACAGUCGAUGUUUACGACAAUUGGUGUUUGUGACAAAUUCUUGUCUGCACGGCAAGACCUCGCCUCCUGUCGCUUGUAAUGGCGCCUGCGUGGCUUCUCGUCGCUCUCACCUGGGGUUCCCUGGCAGCCUGUUACAAAGGAGAGAGCGUUGAUGCCGCUGAGACAGUAGAAACACAUAUAAGUAAAGUUGUGAGGUGCAAGGGAAGUAACUUGACACUGAACGAACCAGAUCCACGAGUUACCGUUCGUUACGUGUUUCGUGGAGGAGAAACUCUCGCCAGUGCGUCUGUACCCGCCACGGGAAAACUUGAGGGCCGUCUGAUUGUGGACAGCGAUGGACGAGUGACUCUGACCGACCUGAAGUCACAUGACCUCGGGACGUACGGUGUGGAGGUGCAACUGGCUGAAGACAAGCGAAUACACAGCAUCGGACUGGUCGUCAGGGAUUCACCUGUAACCGCUGGCGGGCAGUUAUUUGUGAUGAGCGUGUCACAUGACAGUUCUAUUCGCCUGACCUGCGGCAAUUUCACCUCCUUAGGAUUUCCACCCGUUUCAGUCAUGUGGAAGGAUCCCGCAGGUCGAACACUAAGCAGUGACGGGUUUAAGGAUGAGUACUUUUACCUGGAUGUACCUGCCGACACGGCGGACUCUGGUGACUACUGCUGUCAGCUGGACUGCCGAGCCCCCGACUUCUGUUGUCUUGACGACCAGUCGCCGCUAAGGUCGUGCGCAAAAGUGCACGUGCAGACGAAGAAGGUAGAGGUCAAGACAAAAGACAGUGUCUCCUUUGAAGCCUUUUCACAGUUACAACAGCAGGUCUUGCACUUGGUGCAGAAGCUGCAAGACUUACAGGACAAUAAUCAACAAAACUCCUGUCAGAGCAGUGCGUCCGCGAUGGCUCAGCUGGUUCACCGGCAAGCCAAGUGUGACCAGCUGGACACUUACAUUACAAAAAUAGAGGCUUUGGAAGGGGAUAUAGUGAGAGACAUAGAGAACUUGAAGAACACUACUACAGACGCCAACAUUAAACUAGAGAGAGAAACGAACCAGACUUUGCUGAACUUUCAGCUUCAGGUAGAUGACAAGAUAUCUACAGCUACAGAAUCAUGUAAUGUUGGUCAACAGCAGAUAAUGACAACAGUUUCUGACAAACUAGAAGUGUUAGAAACGAGACUAAGCGAGGGCUUAGUUGAGUUACACAAUGUUAGUGCCAGUGCCGACGAUAGACUGGAGACAAACAUGAACCGAUCCCUGGAACAUCUCCAGGAAUAUCAGUUGGAGCUGGGUACUAACAUUUCCAUAGCUGUGGAAUCCUUCAGUAGACUUCAGGAACUUCUACUGACAACAGAAAAAAGACUGGAAAUGAAGAUAACAGCAGUUUCAGAAAAAGUGGACAACUUUGAAUCCAGACUAAACAAAGAUGGAGGCCUUGAAUUAAACAUAACCACAGCUUUGAACCAGGCUGAAGAUUUGAGACAAAGAUUAAACACAAUUUCUCGGGCAGCUGACGAUCACCGGUCACAGUCUAACAAGCAAAUUGGAGAACUUCAAACUGGACUUGCUGGUCUGCAACAAACAGUAAACAACGUGACGUCACAGUUGGAGAAAACAUUCAGACAGGUGACGUCAGAUCUCAGGGUUACGAUGACCAGCAAUGUCCAGACAUUGACAAACCGAACAGCGAAAACUGAGGCUUCGGGUGUCGGACCUCGAGAAGAAACUGUCAGCCAUCGACGAAGAUAAUCGUUUAAACUAUUCCACGAUCAUUGACACGAUUUUGAAGGGUCAGUGUCCUACGAAGAACGGCUUCGUGUUUUACAGGGGAGCCUGCUUGAAGGUUUCAACGGCACGAGUGAGCUACGAUUCUGCAGUAUCACUCUGCGCGAGAGACGAUGCUCACCUGUUCGAGGUCAAGUCGGCCAUUUUAGACGAGGAGCGAGUGCGUUACGCUGUUAACAAAACAGGACUAACUAGUAACGACAUCAGUCUUUGGUUGGGAGGAUUCGACCUCGGGACAUCCUAUCAUCGGAGUGACGCACGUCCUCGGUCGUCUGGAUGGGAUUUACUUCAGCCGGGUUAUUGGAACAGACAUAAAGAAUGUCUCUUACUACACCUGUCUCCCCAAACCUUUGCCCUUUACCAGCCUCACCGCUACAGAUGCUCUGGCUCCUACAAUUAUGUUUGUCAGUACGAUUUGUAGAAGAAACUCACGUAAACAGUCACGUAGCUGCGGACGGUCCUGUCUGACCACGUAGAAGUCUGUGCAAAAUGUUGCAUCGUCCUAAAUAACAUUCAGACAGCGAGUAAAGUCAAUCACGGGGCAAGGUGUGUGUGAAACAGAAAGAAAAUCCAGUAACUGAACUCCCCAGUCUCAACAUCAUUGUGUAUAGUCUCUAAGCAUUCAAACAUCCAUUUUGUUGUCGUCUCUCCCUAUUUCUACAAAUUUGGAUACAUAUUCUGCUUCAGUUCUCGAGAUACACGCCUACAAAAAUUACCACGCAGAGAAGGAUGUCACCCUGUUGUAACAGGUAGUAAUCAAUCGGAGAGAACUAACUAGUAGCAAUCAAUCGGAGAGAAGAGACAAAUAAUUAGUCCAGUCAUGGCUUUCACAUCAUGAGUUCAGGGAUAUUUGUAUACCUCUAACUAGGGUAUGGAGGAAAGUUAUUCCUCAAAGCUUUAAAAAAUAGAAGCUCGUUUUAAUCUUAAUCGGUGUAUUUUAAAAAACUUAUAAGCCCCAUUGUGGACGAGGUGCAACAUGGUGUCCUAUUGACUUGAAGGCGCUUCUAAGAACCCAGGAAAUAUGUAUUCUGUUCUUCGAGCGAUAUAAGAAAAUUUACCUACAUAGAAUUAUAAAAAAAAAAUUGUAAACACACCGACAACUGAUGCUGUAAAAUUGAACUGAGGAUAAAUGAUGAUUGAUCAUCUCUUUGAAAGACAAGAGAUCGUUUGAAUCUUGGAACAAAGUAUAUUUUCUGUGUCUUUUCUCAGCAUUCAGGCUGCAACUUGCAUUAAAAUGAUCAUUACAUUUUACUUUGAUACUAUCCAAUACAUAAACUUUUGUUACAUUUGAUAUAAGAAUGGUAUAUCACUGCAUGCAUUUGCUUUGAGAUAGUGUGUGUACAGUCUGGUACAAAUAAACACAUUUGAUACCAGUUGCUAUGUAACUCAUUGAGAUGCAUUAAAUAAAAAUGAAACGUGUGCUCGUGCCACGUGUCCAUG